AUGGAUGUAGAGUCUAACCCUGGUCCUGCUCAGUCUGAUAAUAUAAAUUACCGUUCAACCAAUAAUACGAACACGGCUAAAAUCUCCUCAAAUCAAGGUAACAUUAAGAUUGCUCAUCUAAACAUCCGUUCCCUAAAGAACAAAAAGCACUACCUACUGGCACAGGAUCUGGUCCUAAAACAGAAAUUUGACAUUUUCACCAUCUCAGAAACUUGGCUGGACACCUCUGUUACGGAUACUGAAAUUGAAUUCCCGGGAUAUGCUCUGUUUCGACUUGAUCGCAAUGGUAAGAGAGGAGGUGGUGUCUCUGCCUAUGUCAACCAAAGCUUCAAAUGUGAGCCAAUGAAAGAACUGACCUACAUUGCGGAAUCUGGUUUACAUCAGUUAUAG